GAAGCGGAAGUGUGAAAAUAAUGACGUUUCACUGACCGGUAAGUUACACUUGUUUACAUGAGACUUUAUUUUCACUUAUUGGUAAAAGCCACGUAGUGCCUUAGAGUGAGACAUUUCAGUCCAUCACAAGACUACAGAAGAGGAUUUCUCUUCACAACUGGAGGAAUGAAGAGCUCUGGAGUUUUGUUUCUGCACUUGUUGCUGUUGGUUGUGCCUCACAUCGGAUGCUGGAAUGAUGAGGCAGUGUUACUGCGUGAUGUUCAGGCUCUCACCCUGUACAGAGGACGCUACACCACUGCACGUCGCUCCAGUCCUGUUCCACAGCUGCAGUGUGUUGGAGGAUCAGCUGGCUGUGGAUCACUUGUUCUUGAGGUGGUUCAGUGUUACAACAGAGGAUCAGAUGGCAUAGACACACAGUGGGAAUGCAAGGCUGACAUGGACUACUCGUACAGGUUUGGGCGUGUGGAGGUCUCCUGCGAGGGCUAUACCAGUCCCAGUGAUGCGUAUGUGCUGAGAGGCUCAUGUGGUCUGGAGUACACGCUGGAGCUCACAGCAGAAGGGAAGCAGCAGAACACACACGGCUUCUUCCAAGGCUUUUCCCAUCAAAAGCAACAGCAGAGAGGAGGCCAUUAUCAGCAGUCUACCAAGAAAUAUCCCUUCCAGAACGGCCCGUCUGGUGAUGGAGUGGGUGGGCUUGUAGUGGUAGCUUUCCUUUUGCUGGGGGCAUAUGCGGUAUACAAGAUGUUUCUGUGCGGUCCUACUCACGGCCAACAAGGUUACCAUACAGAAGGAUCCCAGGGAUACCCCAGGACCUGGGAUAACAGUCAUGGCAUGGGGCCACCACCGCCUGGAUUCAAACCAGAUUAUUACUCACCAGAUCAGUCUAGCUCAAGGCCUGGGUACGGCUUUUCUGAUGCGUACACCAGACCUCAGAGUUCUUGGACUGGUUUCACUGGUGGAAACACUGGUAGACGUGCUGGGGGUGGAUUCUGGACUGGAAUGGGCACAGGUGGACUUCUGGGAUAUUUGUUUGGCAAUCAGAGACGCCAGCCAUCCAUGGGCUUCACAGGACCAUCUUACACCAGCCGACCUUCUCCAGCACCGAAAACAAGCUCAGGAACACGGACAGUAUCAGGGUUUGGAGGAACUAAAAGAAGAUGAUUCACCAACCUCAGUUCUCAGAUUGAACAUGAUCAACAAGCACAUUACAAAGAAUUACAAUGCUUUCUUCAUGCUAAUGUUCAUUUAUUGCACAGACUUUGCUGAAAUAGAUGUAGCACAUUAUUACUCAUUUUUUUUGUUUUGUUUGUUGAUGUUAUCUUAAAACAACCUGCAUUCUUUCAUUCUAGGUUUAACUGUGAAUACAGAAAAUACCAUCCAAAAACAAC